AUGGACAGGACGAAGGGCGCAAAUGAACAAGCCCGGCUUUGUCAGAGUCAGCCAGGCCCACACGGGUGCGGGACUGGUUGCUGCAGGACCCUGCGCGAUGAUGUCGUGGAUUGUCCGAUGGAAAUUACAUGGGCGCACUCGUGCGGGGCAUGUCGACCAGCCUUUUUCGCAUGUGCCUACGACAAGUACAUGGAGGAAGGGGGCAAGAGAGAGAAAGAAAGGCUUGCGUCUGCCAUCGGCGUGGAGGACCAAAGACCGAAGAGCUGGGCCAGACUCUUCUUGCAGGGACGCGAGGGGAUGAUGCUAUUUCGAGACGGUGAAAUGCACAAUGCGGUGCGGCGUACUCUACGACGGCAUCUUCCAUCUUCCCACCCGAACCCGCCAUCGUCAAUCCCUGGCUUUAACGAUUCCCCCAGAGAUCGGCACUCCAGAGACCCUGGGCCGGCUGGCCUGCCCCCCCAACGUCCGACUCCUGGAACCAUCAAGAGAAAGCACGCCACCCUACAUAAACGUCAUCCCUAUAUCACGUGCAUCAAUACCAUCCUCCUGCCCAUUGGACUGGAUACAAGUACCCCCCAUUCUUCCCUCCUCUGGACCUGCCUGUUUGUAUUCACACCCGGCAAACAACUACACACCUACACUCCUGCAAUGGCCUCUCGGUUCGUUGAAAACCUGGACACGGUCUCAACCAUCUCCCACCCUCAUCUCAACGUCUCACUAGAAGACAUCCUUGCCGAGGAAGGCCGUAAGCGUUCAUCUUCUCAGUCGUCAGAGAGUUCGCAAACCGCUGGCCGCCGAUCGGGAAGCGAGUCGGUUGCAAGUCCCACAUCGCCCACCAACGAGAACAAGAUGGACACCAUUCGCAGGCGCGCUUUUACUCUUGGCAGCAAGAAGGGUCGACGAGCAUCGUGA